GGCGCGGCAUCAGGGAGCCGUCUUCGACCGAGGAGAAGCGGAUCUGGGUGAAGGGACGCGUGGUGGCUGUGCUGCACCUGCGUCUGUCCGCUGCGGAGUGGGACGUCUGGAUCCCGCGCUGCCGGGGAUCAGUCGUGAGGCGGGCUGUGCCUCCCCCACUCCAGUGGGGCGGGACCACCAGAACCCAGAGCACUGGCUGGACGGGAGGGACUGCGGAGGCGGACCGGGGACUGGCGUGGGGCAGAGGGAACUCCUUAGGUCUGAGAUCGGUUCGGGGAUGGAGGACAGGGAUGGUCUUGGAGCUUGUGGCCAUGGAGCUGAAGGUAUGGGUGGAUGGCAUCCAGCGGGUGGUCUGUGGGGUCUCAGAACAGACCACCUGCCAAGAAGUGGUCAUUGCGCUAGCCCAGGCUAUAGGCCAGACAGGUCGAUUUGUCCUUGUGCAGCGUCUUAGGGAGAAGGAACGACAGCUGCUGCCACAGGAGUGUCCAGUGGGAGCCCAGGCCACCUGUGGACAGUUUGCCAAUGAUGUCCAGUUUGUCCUGAGGCGGACAGGGCCCAGCUUAUCUGGGAGGCCCUCCUCAGACAACUAUCCACCCCCAGAACGAUGCCCGGUUCGUGCCAGCCUUCCCCCAAAGCCAUGGGCAGUACCAGGCCAUGAGCCACGCAAAGCACUGACCUUCAACCUUGGAUGUCCCAAGCUGGUCUCCAGCCCAUCUAUCCCUGAGCCUACAGCCCUGGUAGGACCUACACCAGACUGCUUUGCAGAUCUGCAAGGCCUAGAACUCAGGAUACAGAGGAAUACUGAGGAGUUGGGCCAUGAGGCCUUUUGGGAGCAAGAACUGCAAAGAGAACAAGCCAGGGAGCGUGAGGGACAGGCACGCCUGCAAGCACUGAGUGCAGCUACUGCUGAGCAUGCUGCCCAGCUGGAGGCCCUAGAUGCCCAAGCCUGUGCCCUGGAGGCAGAGCUUCGACUGGCUGCUGAGGCCCCUGGUCCUCCUUCAGCUACAGCAUCUGCUGCUGAGCGCCUACGCCAGGACCUAGCCAUCCAGGAGCGGCAUAGUCUGGAGAUGCAGGGCACCUUGGCCUUGGUGAGCCAGGCUCUGGAGGCUGCUGAGCACGCUCUUCAGGCCCAGGCUCAGGAGCUGGAAGAGCUGAACAGGGAACUCCGCCAGUGCAACCUACAACAGUUCAUCCAGCAGACAGGGGCUGCAUUGCCACCACCUCCACAGCUGGAUAGAGCCAUCCCUAGCACACAGGACCUUCUGCCUCCAACUAGAGAAGAACCCCUCCAGGGAGUCCCCCAGAGCCACAUCCUAGUGUCCAGCCUGAGUCCUGAAGUUCUCCCCAUGAGGCAGAGCUCCUGGAGGUAGCAGUUCCUGCCCAAAUAGGGAUCCUGAAGACAGAUGAGCCAGCACAGCUGGGAUGAGCCACCCGGAUUGUAGGAGAGUGUGAUCGUAGGAUUCUUUCCCUAAAGCUAUGAUGUCCUGUGGUUUCUGCUUCCGUGGGGCAGAGUGCUGGCAACUGUUACCCUAGUCUCUCUCAAAUCUCCCAAGUCCCCUAAAGAAGUAAUAAAUGGGCACAGUUCAGAACUUACCAGGCCCCAAAGGCUUGGAGAGAAGUGUGGACGGCGUGUUCAUCGUGUGUGUGUGUGUGUCUGUGUGUGUGUGUGUGUGUGUGCCUGUUAUGUACUCCAGUGUAUGUGUGCUGCCUUCGUUGCCCUGACAACCUUAAUAAAUUACCUUUCAAAGAGCA